ACCAGAAGUAACACACACACAAGUUACAAAACAGGGACAUUUGCAGCCAUUAGCGCACUCACGUGUACUGCUGCGUUAUGCAAACACUGGAGCUCCUGCUUUUACACUGCAGCAUUAAACACUGAACAUCACAGGUGAGGAAAUGAAAAGCAGACCAGGGAAGUCCGACGCGUCUGAAUCUAAGGGUAAAGUGAAGAAAAGACCCGCGGAGAACUCUGGUCCAACUCUCUCCAAAAAACUACGAGCCAAGAAAGAUGCAGAAACAUCUAAACCAGGGCCUCCCCUCAAGUCUGCAGGAGUCCAGAGGAGAAGAGGGCAUGGGAGCAUCCUGCACUACAUUUAUAAAAGCACUCUGGGACAAAGUCUCCACUCACAGAUGAGACAGUGUCUCCAGGAGCCUUUUGUCCGCUCUCUGUCAUCCUAUCACUUCCACAGUGCUACCAGCCCCUUCGACCGCAGAAUCACCUGCCUGGAGUGGCAUCCCACUCACCACACCACUCUGGCCGUGGGGUCCAAGGGCGGAGACAUUUAUCUGUGGGACUAUGAGGUCCCCACGAAGAAAACUUUUAUUCAAGGGAAUGGAGCAGGAGACUUUAUCGGAGGGAUGAAGUUUUGCCCCAUGGACCUCUCCAGAGUGUAUGUGGCCUCUGGCGAGGGCACACUGACCAUGCAGAGCUUUGAGGGCCACACACCCACCACACUGUCCAGAACUCAGGACUGUGGCCACGACCACCACAAUGUUUGUUUUUGGUACUGCUGUGUCGAUGUGUCUGUGAGCCGACAGAUGCUUGUGACAGGAGACAAUAUGGGACAGCUCUUACUCCUGGGUUUGGAUGGACAAAAGAUUUUCAGUAACAAGCUGCACAAAGCCAAAGUGACUCAUGCAGAGUUCAACUCCCGAUGCGACUGGUUGUUGGCGACGGCCUCAGUUGAUCACACGGUGAAACUUUGGGACCUGAGAAACAUAAAAGACAAGACGAGCUUCCUGCAUGAGAUGCCUCACGAGCGGGCUGUCAACUCAGCCUAUUUCAACCCGCUGGACUGCUCCAAGCUGCUCACCACAGAUCAGUAUGACGAGAUCCGUGUCUACUCGUCUCCCGAUUGGUCGAAACCCCAACAUAUCAUCCAGCAUCCACACAGACAGUUUCAGCAUCUCACACCCAUCAAGGCCACAUGGCACCCUGUGUACGACCUAAUUGUAGCAGGCCGCUACCCUGAUGAUCGGUCUGUGCCGGCUGAUCAAAGGACCAUCGACAUCUUUGAUUCCAACACAGCAGAGCUUGUGUGUCAGCUGCAGGAUCCCACUGCCUCUGGGAUCAAAUCUAUCAACAAGUUCAACCAGAUGGGUGAUGUCCUUGGAUCUGGCAUGGGUGUGACAGUGCUGGUCUGGGACAGGAACGAGUCACUGAUGAGCGAUGGGCGCACGCUGCAGGAGGACGCCUCAACCUCAGUGGACAGCCUGAGAGGGCAGAGGAGGAGUCAGCAGCGCUCCAACAGAGACCGGAGGGGUCCUGCCAUGGAUGCAAAGCUCAAAAAGAAACUUGCCUCGCUGGAAGAGUCUGAGACCAAAACCAAGACCAAGACCAAGACCAAGACUGAGUGUACAAAACAAAAACAGGGGCACUUGAGGAAGAAGUGAACUGUAAAAUAGCCCAAUCCAUGUAUAUACUGUAUUUCUUUGUUUACUGUUUGUUGUUUCUCUAACUUCAGGGAUCGUUUGAAUGUUUAAGAAAGUUUCAGAUAUUCUUUUAUAAACCAUUUUAAAGGUGGAGCUCCUGUGUGUUCUCACAGAGGUUUUUUUCUACUGUAUGAGAAUAAAAUGUUCAUGUUUUCGUGACACAA